AUGAAAAGCUUAGGAGUCAACCAUGUUCGGCACCUGUCGGAUUCCUGCGCCCCUCAGGAGCCCUUGUGCCCUCUGACCCAGGAUGCACAGGGCACUUAUCUCCUCAGCCCAGCUGUGAAUCAUUAUGGCACACUGGAUCCCCACCUGCACCACUUUGCCCCGACCAGUCCCACCACCCUGCAGCCCCUCAACAACCAGCUCUCCAACAGCAGCACCUUUCCUCGGUUGCAUUUUACCUCCCAGCCGGAGCAGGGCGAUUACCCCCAGCAGGGCUUUGUGGCACAGACAGGGAGUCAGGUGGGCUCUCUGGCCACCUCCAUGUCUAUGGGCAUGGGUUUGGGGCUGGGCCUGGGAGGUGCCCCACUUAUUACCAGUGGCACAGCUACCAUCUCCUCAGCAGCUGCUGCCAAAAUGAACCGUCUGCCAGCCAGCCUGCUUGACCAGCUGGAACGCCACCUACCGCUGCAACGUGAUGGAUUCAGCACGCUGCAAUUUCACCGGCGCAGUCGAAGCAGCAAGCAGCGAAGCGAGAGCCCGGGCCGUAUCCGACACCUUGUGCACUCCGUUCAGAAGCUCUUUGCUAAGACUCAGUCUCUAGAGACCUCUGCCAUGAAGGGCAACAUCCCAGGAGAUCGGACCAAGACAGUUCAACGCAGCAAGAGCAAAGACAGGAACAGAACAGAGGGCUGCAAACAGCCCAACAUCUCUGGGUUCUGGAGCUCGGACGAUGGGCUUGAUGAGGAUGUCGCCAUCGCUGCGGCCACCAAUCCACCUUCGGGGGGCGCCAUAGCUGUGGCCUAUCGCAAUCCCCUGAGCAUGAUGACUCUUGGCCGCAUGGUGUCAGACAGUCAGGCUCCUCCUAGGCACCACCCACAGGGCUACAAUACCAUCGCUGCUCACUCUCUCAAAGCCUCUAAGAGCAGUGGGGACCUUAAAUGCCAGACAGGGCUCCAGGUGGGUGGUGGUGAGGUAGGGAGUGGAGGUGGAGGAGGAGGAGACAGCACUGUGGUGAAGAGGGGCUCUUGGUCUACGCUGACACUCAGCCACGCCAAGCAAGUGUUCCAGAAGGGCUCAGCCACUGUGAAUCGAACACUGCUCAAGACCAAGUCAUGUCACCAGGACUUGACCAGCCACUACUUACAAGUUCCUUUGGGAGACUGCAGUGGCACAAUGAACCAGAGCCGAAACCCCAAUGAGAUUCCAUGCAGGAGGAUAAGGAGUGGUAGUUAUGUUAAGGCCAUGGGUGAUGAAGAGCAUAGUGAGGAUUCUGAGGGCAGCCCCAAACCAUCACCCAAGACAGCAGCCAGAAGGCAGAGUUACCUAAAGGCCACACAGCAGUCCCUCAGUGAACAGCAGCAGCCUCCAACUCCACGCAAUUGUCUCCCCUCUCUGAGAGAGCUCUCUGCAAACCGCAGUCUAGACAACCUGGACUGCCUCAUGAGUCAAAGUGACUGGAGUACUGAAGGGGGCUUUGGCCAUGGCUUCACCACCCUGGCCCGAGGUUCCGGUAUCAGUCAGGUUGAUGCAAUACAUAAAUAUGAACAAAGCUACACCAACAUGGCGAUGUACGAGGAGUCGGAUUCGCAGGCAGUGGAGGCCCUCGACCUGCCCAUGCCCACAUGCUUCCGGUCGCGUAGUCACAGUUACCUGCGAGCUAUCCAGGCCGGGUGCUCUCAGGAUGAUGACACAGCAUCUGCCGAUUCCGACGAGCCUCCACUACCACCUGGAACUGUCUCCACAUGCAUAAACACCUGCAAAAAAACGCCACCUCCAGUACCGCCACGCACAGCCUCUAAACCCUUCAUCUCAGUGACUGUGCAGAGCAGCACAGAGUCUGCCCAGGACACUUACCUGGACGGGCAGGACCCUCGCAGUGAGGUCAACAGCCAAUCGGGCCGCAGCAACUCGUCAGACAGUCUCAGCAGCGUGCGUACUGGUAGCCUGGCAAAGGGCUCUUGCCCCCUUCAGCUCCCUGUCGCAACCCCUGUAGACCCACCUCCUCCGUCCAGCAGUGGUAACAGCCAACCCUCAGAGGAAUCUAAAAAUGAAUCCGUAACCCCAAGACUGACUGUGGAAGAACCCAAGAGUGAAGCCAUACCCAAAAGAAAGCUGUCAUCUAUUGGCAUUCAGGUUGACUGCAUUCAGCCAAUCCAGAGAGAAGAGCCAGUUGUUGUGGCCAGGUUCCAGUCAGUCGGAGUACAGGUGGAAGACGGCAGGCCGCUCAGCCGUUUCACCAGUAUGGCAUCAAGGCAGGAGACUACGGAGGCUGAGUCUCAGGACCAACCCGAUGACAAACCCUCAGACAACUGCACGGCCCAAAACAAGGCUUCUGUGGCCUCUAGUGCCGAUUGUUCCAGCGCAGACUCAUCGUCCAAGGCCCAAAGCGGCUCAUCCUUGACCCCAGAGAGCCUUGACCCCGCUCUGGAUCCUUCCUCCCUUCCCCCUCCGGAUCCUUCUCUGGAAAACAGCAAUGCGAGCGGCGUUAACGGCGAGCAGACGCAGUCGGGCGGCCAGGCUUGCCUCAGAGACGGCCACUGGUUCCUGAAGCUGCUGGAGGCUGAGACUGGUCGCAUGGAGGGCUGGUGUGGGCAGAUGGAUAAGGAGACCAAAGAUAAGCAGCUCUCAGAAGAGGUGCUGGGAAAGAUCCGGAGUGCAGUGGGCAGCGCCCAACUCAUCAUGUCGCAAAAAUUCCAACAGUUUCGCGGUCUUUGUGAGGAAAACCUGAAUGUUGAUGCCAAACCCCGGCCCACGCCCCAGGAUCUGGCUGGCUUCUGGGACCUACUCCAGCUCUCCAUAGAAGACAUCAGCAUGAAGUUUGAUGAGCUCCACCAACUCAGGUCAAACAACUGGCAGUUACCAGAGGCACCUGAUAAGAAGGAGGAAACAAAGCAGCCCCCACCUCCUGUGCCAAAGAAACCCAUCAAAACGAAGUCUCCGGGGGGCAAAGAGAAAAGCGGCGACUCAGGGGUUGACAAGCAGCGGCAGGAGGCCAGGAAACGCUUGUUGGCCGCCAAGCGGGCGGUAUCCGAGCGGCAGAACUCUGCCACUGAGAGUGCGGACAGCAUUGAGAUCUACGUCCCCGAAGCCCAGACACGUCUGUGAGAGCCUGCCUAUCUCAGGCAUCAGCCUCUCAAUGAAGGAA